GAAAUCACUCAAUCAGGAAUUAUAAUUGAGAAAGAUCUAGAAGAAAUGGUAGCCAAAUCCAAAUUUGUCUUUUGAGAAAUCAAUGGCAGCCUCUUCUUCUAAAAUUUUAGCCGAGAAGGUGGCGACCGCCGUACGCCGUCAAGCCCUAACCGUAACGGACGCCGCCGCUACCAGAAUCCAUCAACUCUUACAGCAGCGACAGCGCUCUUUUCUCCGCCUCGGCGUCAAGGCUCGCGGCUGCAACGGCUUAUCCUACACGCUUAAUUAUGCAGAUGAAAAAGCAAAGUUCGAUGAGCUAGUUGAGGACAAAGGUGUUAAGAUACUGAUCGAUCCAAAGGCCUUGAUGCAUGUUAUAGGAACCAAGAUGGAUUUUGUGGAUGACAAACUCAGCAGAUCUGAGUUCAUUUUUAUCAACCCCAACUCGAAAGGGCAGUGUGGUUGCGGAGAGUCCUUUAUGACAAGAAGUAGUGCUGCCAAGUGAGGCUGUAGUUAAGGUUUAUAACAAACCAAUGAUACCAGGUUUUAUUUUUUUGUAACCUUAUGUAUUUGAUGCCUGUAAAAACAACAUUGAUUAUCAUUUGCAAAUAAAAAAGGAAAUACCUGGUGCACCACCGGUGGUGAUGUGUAAGUUAACAAAUA